AUGACUACAGCAGGAAUAGUAAUGAUCCUAUACCAUCCAUGCAGUCGUCGGCCUGUUUUGCACCAGCCGUAUGAAGAAUUUGGAAUCAACAACGCUGCUUCGCCCACUAUGGUUGACUCCACGCCAUGGAAACCAUUCAAAACUCGAGGCGAUUAUCUUUUUGCAGAGAUCGCCCUUGAUGCUGGAUUGAACAAGACUCAAGUCAAUGGAUUAUUGGAACUUUUCCUUCUUGUAACCAAAGGAGCCGAAUUAACACCUUUCACCAAGCACGUCAUCUCUGCGCCAUACAAGGGCAAGGAGAUGGAGUUUGAGGUUCAUACUCGGCCAGUCUGGGACUGGGCUCUUGACCUGCUCACUGACCCACAAUUAGCCCCACACUUUGUCUGGGAUGCUGAAUGGGUUUACAAACACAAUGGGGAAGAGUAUGAACGCUUUUAUGGUGAGCCUUGGACAUGUGAUCGCUGGUGGGACAUACAGUCUCAGCUUCCUGCUGAUGUUGAAAAUGCCAUACCAUUCUGUUUUAUAUUGUAUGCUGACAAGACAAGGCUUUCGUCUCACGGCACUGUGAAAGGGUACCCUGUAGUUGUUCGGUGUGCUAAUCUCCCUGUAGACAUCCGGAAUUCUGAGUCUAGCUGGCUUCCGAUUAUCCCAGAGGAUGCAGCUGAGGAAGGUAAACUUGGCUAUACAACUUUGAAAUGUGUUGUUUGGCAUGAAAGUGCCAUCAAAUUAUUCAAGGCCAUGGUUCACUUCUCAGCAACUGGCUUUCAGCAUAGGUGUUGGGACGAGAUUAUACAGUAUCUUUUCCCAUUGUUUUUGAUACUAUCUGCGGACUAUGAGGAACAAUGUAUGAUGUCUUUAAUUCAAGGUCAGAAUGGCAAGGCUCCAUGCCCUAUAUGCCUUGUGCCACUUGAAUUACUCCACGACAUUUCUAAGACUUUUGCUCUUCACAAUGCAGGGCAAGGAGAGGAAGCAUUGCGAGUUUACAACGAUUGUAAGGCCGCUGGUGAAGCAAUUCUCAAGAAGCUUGGUCUGUGUCCUGUACCCAAUGUCUUUUGGCAUAUCAGGUACUCUGACCCUCACUUGGCACUGAGUUUUGAUCGCUUGCACUAUCUGAAGAUCAUUUUGAGGUACCUUGGACGUGAUGCAGAAGCAAUGGUUGAACAACUUACAAAGGAGUUUCCAUGCUGGCAGAAACUGUUUCAGUUUCACAGCCAUCCUCAAGUUUUUUAUCCUGCAUUAAGUAUCCUUACGAAGGCAGCAUGUCCCGAGGGAUAUCUCCUUCUUGGCCUUAUCAGCAGCUAUCUACAACUUGAUAGUCUGAUCGGCCUCGACAUCCAAACCGAUCGCACACUCUCUGCCAUUGAAACUGAGCUUCUUGUUUUCAAUGAAAGGCUACAGGCAUACAAAGAGUGCGCAAUGAACUCUUCCAUCCCAGGUCUCAAGGUAGAUUGGGACUUUCCGAAGGUGCACCUGUGGAAACACGUGGUGCGUGAUAUACGAGAAAAGGGGGCAGUGCGAAACUACAGUACUCGCCCCAACGAAAAAAUGCAUGGCCCUCUAAAGGAAGCUUAUCAAGAUCACUCAAAUGGUAGGGAUGUUGCUGGACAGAUUCUUCAUGUUGACCAACAUAUCCUUGCAUGCAGGCUCCUACAUACUCAAGUGGGGAUGAUAACGACAAUAACGACAAUAACAACGAUAGUGUCCUCGAAACUGGGCUUUGAGGGACAUUGCAAGCUUGGGUCACCGUGCAAGCCCACCACCAUCCAGGGGAUCGAAGUGGAACGUGAUCGUGAAGACAAAGCAUACCUGAGACUUCAAAGAAAGUUCACUGACUAUAUCAACAAAUUUCUGCCUUCAAUUGGGCACAAGCUAAAAAAGUGGGUUACCAUCCCAGCUGAUUUUAAUAUAUAUGAGUACCACUACCUCAAAGUCAACUACGAGUCUUGUUUCUUCGGCACUCCUUGCUAUGACUGUGCAUACAUGCAACUCACAUCAACACAAACAGCCUUUGUUCGCUUGAUAACCUUUUUUACAUGUCAAAUCCACAGCUAUGGAGAACUUCAGCUCGCUCUCAUUCAGCCUUAUACUGCAAGUGCUGUGCCUAGAAGCGAUUCCAUGUUUAUUCCAUUAGUUUCGAUCAUUCGAGGUGCACUCUUGUUCCCUGACCCGAAGAAAAAGGAUGAAUUUCUUGUGGUAGACCAUGUCGAUGGUGACAUGUUUCUUUGA